AUGGACGUCGUCCUCGAACUAGCAGACACCUUUCUCUUCGACCCUCUCUACGCAACCCUCCUUCCCGCUUCUACAACCUCUUUCGUCGGCAAUGCAACGAUUUCGAGCAUUAGAGAGGAGCCCACGGGCUUUGCUCUUCCGCACGCGACCUGGCAGUACGAGCCUUCGACGCAAUUCUUCUCCGUCGAGCCCUCCAAGUAUGCCUACAUGAGCCAAUGGACACGCGACGACUGGCGGCGACAGGCGGUGUCCUUGUACCUCAUCACAUGGCUCUUUGGUGUCCUAGUAUACUAUGUCUUCGCCGGCGCCUCGUACUUCCUCGUCUUCGACAAGUCCACCUUCAACCACCCGCGAUAUCUCAAGAACCAGAUCAAGCUCGAGAUGAAGCAGGCCAACAUCGCCUUCCCCAUCAUGGCCAUCUUCACCGUACCGUGGUUUCUGCUGGAAGUCCGCGGCUACUCCAAGCUAUACGACACCGUGGACCAAGGCCCAGGACUCUGGUACAACUACCUUCAGUUCCCGCUCUUCUUCCUCUUCACCGACUCGGCCAUCUACUGGAUCCACCGCGGCCUCCACCACCCCCGCGUCUACAAGCACAUCCACAAGCCGCACCACAAGUGGAUCAUGCCCACGCCCUUCGCCUCGCACGCGUUCCACCCCGCCGACGGCUACGCCCAGGGCCUUCCCUACCACAUCUUCCCCUUCAUAUUCCCGCUCUCCAAAUUCGCAUACGUCUUCCUCUUCGUCUUCGUCAACAUCUGGACCGUCCUGAUCCACGACGGCGAAUACGCGCACAACUCGCCUAUCAUCAAUGGUGCUGCUUGCCAUACCAUGCACCAUUUAUACUUCAACUACAACUACGGUCAAUACACGACGCUCUGGGACCGUCUUGGUGGGAGCUACAGGAAGCCCAACGACGAGCUCUUUCAGAAGGAACUCAAGAUGUGCCAAAGCGAGUGGAAGAAGCAGGCUGAGGCUGUUGAUAAGAUGGUCGAGGAAGUUGAGGGUGACGAGAACGAUCGUACAUAUGCUUCUGAGACGAAGAAGCUCCGCUAG